GCGAGGGCCGCGCCGACCGACCGCGCCAUGAAGAGACAGCCGACCGGGCGGGGAUUGGAGCCGAGGGGCGGCCCGGCCGUGACUAAGCCGGCCGAGUACGUGGGCUCCUUCGCCGUGGACGACGCCGAUCUGCCGCGGGCGGGCCCGGCCAUCCAUCAGCGGCUGCAGCUCCUGAAGGGCUGUCCGCGGCGACGCGCCGUCCUCCUGAGGUUCUGCCUGCGGGGCGUGAAGAUGCUCGGCCGCGACGGGGAGGCGCUGCUCAUGGCCCACGCCCUGAAGCGCAUCGGCUACAGCACCUGCAGGCCCGCCGACUGCCAGUUCGCCUUCGUGGCUCGCAACCCGCGCGGCGCCCGCGCCAGCCUCUUCUGCCACCUCUUCGUGGGCGGCCAGCCCGCCGAGGUCCAGGCGCUGCACUACCUCCUCUGCCGCUUCUUCCAGCUGGGGUACCUGCUCCUGCACCCCGAGGAGCAAGACUGGUCCUCUGGCGGCCCUGCCCAUCGGGACCGGGGGAGGCUCCUGGGCGACUCGCUGGACAGCCAGGUGGUCUGGGAGUCCCUCAACCCCGAGGAGGUUUCCCAGAACGUGAAUGCCCUGGUGUCCUUCCGGAGGCUGCCCUGCCCCGCGGAAUUCGGGUCCUCGGUCAGCGUGAGAGAGAGGCUGGAUCUGGAGGAAACGGGGGGCAGCGUGGGCAGCACCCGACCCGGAAACCCGUAUUGCUCCCCGAUUCUGGUGCGCAAGAAAGCGAUUCGCAGCAAGAUUCUCCGUUCCGGAGCCUAUCGAGGUUGUACCUUUGAGGCGGCCUCUCAGCAGGGCACUCGGGAAGCGUUUUCCUCCAGCUGCGAUGGGCAAGGGAGCCUGCUUCAUCUGCCAGAAAACGAGAACGAUCUGAGGGAGAGUGUGUGGUCCUUCGCGGGCAUCGACAGGGAUGCUGGCAUGGCCCUGCUGAGGAAUGACACGCUGGGGGCUUUCCUUCUGUGGGCCGAGCCAGGAUCCACCCAUCAGUGGUGCCUUGCAGUGAGGACCCGCUGUGGUGUCGUCCCAUAUCAAAUUUACCGCAGCCAGCUGGGGAAGUACUCAGUUGAGCAUUUGAAUGUAGAAUUCCCCAGCAUGGAAGCCCUGUUAGACAAUUACUCCGGGGUUCGCGCAGGCCUGUUCUGCUCCUUGGGUGCAGGCCGAAUCAACCACUGUUACGAGGAACAAGACGGUCCAGCCGAGGAUCUCUGGGGCGAAGAGCGGACUCGCCGGAAGUCCUCGUGGCUGUUGGGGGCCAGUCGGUCUCCAGCUGUGCAGCACGAACCGGAGGAGUACUCAGCCGGAUCCUUGGCUUAGCGUUCCUGACGGAGGCCCCCGCAACCCCGCCCGCCCGCCCGCUC